CAUUGAGAGGUGGCUUCUUCCAACUGCUUCUCUCAACAUCUGUCUGGCAUCUCGAGCAGUCUCGGCGGCCAGGGGAUCUUGCGACUCUCUUUGUUUCCUUGAUGAGCGAGUAAUCCCUUCUCUGUCUUUUGUGCUUGAUAACAUCAGACCCCGAGUUGCGCGGGUCGACCGACUGCCAUCAUGGCGAGACUUGUCGAUGACCACCAGAUUCAGCAUGCAUCGCUCCACAAUCCUUUGCCUCUCCAGCUGCACACUUACGUGUGGCCCUUUCUGAUCGUUUGGCCGAUUUUCUUCGCGUUUUACCUCUCCCCUGAACGCUACGACGAAUAUAUCCAGGGUCAAGAAUGGACGUUUGUUUGGUCGGGGUCCAUCAUUACGGCGCAAUCCCUCUUCUGGCUCAUGACAAAAUGGAACAUCAAUAUCAACACUCUGUUCACAACAACCAAGGCCAAGUCCGUCGACACAGCCCGUCUGGUUAAAGUCAUCCCAAUCAGUAACGCCGGAUCUGCCGAAAUCUGUACUCUCGAACGUGACAUCAAAGGCGGAAAGAAGACACUCUCUUUUCUGUUCCAGAAGCGUCGUUUCUUGUACUAUCCCGACCGCCAGUCGUUCGCCCCCCUGUCCUAUGUGCUUGAUGAGGAGCCCAAGCCAAGCAUCAAGUACUUUCAGCAGAGCCAUGGAUUGACGACACAGGAAGAAGUCGAACGCAUCGGCCACCACUACGGCGACAACAAGUUCGAUAUUCCUGUUCCUGGGUUCAUUGAAUUAUUCCAGGAACACGCGGUGGCCCCGUUCUUUGUCUUCCAGAUCUUCUGUGUAGGUCUUUGGAUGCUGGAUGAAUACUGGUAUUAUUCGCUCUUCACACUGUUCAUGCUGGUUGCUUUCGAGAGCACUGUUGUCUGGCAGCGUCAGAGGACCUUGAACGAGUUCCGGGGUAUGAACAUCAAACCGUACGAUGUGUGGGUCUACAGAGAACGCCGGUGGCAGGAAAUCACCAGUGACAAGCUUCUUCCUGGCGACCUCAUGUCGGUCAACCGAACAAAGGAAGACGGCGGUGUCGCGUGCGAUAUUCUCCUGAUCGAAGGCAGCGUAAUUGUCAACGAAGCGAUGCUCUCUGGUGAGAGUACCCCGCUGCUGAAGGACUCUAUCCAGCUCAGACCAGGUGACGAUCUGAUUGAGCCCGAUGGUCUGGAUAAGAACGCCUUUGUUCACGGUGGAACCAAGGUCUUGCAGAUCACGCAUCCGAACAACCACAGCGAUAGUCCCGAGAACCCUCAGCACGUCGCUUCUGAUGUUCCAAACCCCCCUGACAAUGGUGCGUUGGGUGUGGUCGUGAAGACCGGAUUCGAAACCAGCCAGGGCAGUCUUGUCCGUACUAUGAUUUACUCUACUGAGCGUGUCUCUGCCAACAACGUUGAGGCAUUGUUGUUUAUCUUGUUCCUUCUCUGCUUCGCUCUCGCUGCCGCGUGGUAUGUCUGGCAGGAGGGUGUGUCUAAGGAUCGCAAGAGAUCCAAGCUGCUUCUUGACUGCGUCCUUAUUGUCACCAGUGUGGUGCCUCCCGAGCUUCCCAUGGAACUCAGUCUUGCUGUCAAUACCAGUCUUGCUGCUCUCAGCAAGUUUGCCAUCUUCUGCACAGAGCCUUUCCGGAUCCCAUUCGCUGGGCGCGUCGAUGUUGCAUGCUUUGACAAGACCGGAACCUUGACCGGUGAGGAUCUUGUUGUUGACGGUAUUGCCGGACUCAGCUUGGGCAAACAGGAUGCGAAGGUUGAGUCGGAUGGUGCCCACACAGAGCUCACAAAGUCUACCGAUAUCGAACUGGACACUACCCUCGUACUCGCCAGUGCUCAUGCUCUCGUGAAGUUGGAUGAAGGCGAAGUUGUGGGUGACCCUAUGGAAAAGGCUACUCUUCAAUGGCUUGGCUGGACUCUUGGGAAAAACGACACCCUCACUUCCAGGAGCGUAUUGUCUGCCACCACCGGCACCCGCCCUGUGGAGUCUGUUCAAGUCAAGAGACGGUUCCAAUUCUCCUCGGCUUUGAAACGCCAGAGUACUAUUGCUACAAUCACGACCAACGACCGCAAGACAUCUAAAAGGUCCAAGGCCACAUUUGUGGGCGUCAAGGGUGCACCUGAAACCAUUCGGACUAUGCUUGUCAACGUUCCUCCCCAUUACGAAGAAACAUUCAAGUAUUUCACUCGAAACGGAGCUCGAGUUCUUGCCCUUGCUUGCAAGUAUCUCUCUACCGAGGCCGAGCUAUCUCAAGGACGUAUCAACAACUACGUUAGAGAAGAAAUCGAGUCUGAAUUGACCUUCGCUGGUUUCCUUGUCCUGCAAUGCCCCCUGAAGGAAGAUGCAAUCAAGUCCGUCCGCAUGCUCAAUGAGAGUAGCCACCGUGUUGUUAUGAUCACUGGUGACAACCCGUUAACUGCCGUCCAUGUCGCGCGCCAGGUUGAGAUCGUCGAUCGCGAAGUCCUGAUCCUCGAUGCACCUGAGAAUGAUGAUUCUGGAAUAAGACUUGUGUGGCGAAGCAUCGACGACAAAUUCAACCGCGAUGUCGAUCCCUCCCAGCCUCUUGAUCCCGAGAUUCUCAAAACCAAGGACAUCUGUAUCACUGGAUAUGCUUUGGCCAAGUUCAAGGGCCAAAAGGCUCUUCCAGACCUGCUUCGCCAUACCUGGGUUUAUGCGCGUGUCUCUCCCAAGCAGAAGGAGGAUAUUCUUCUUGGUCUCAAGGAUGCUGGUUACACGACUUUGAUGUGCGGUGACGGUACCAAUGACGUCGGUGCUCUCAAACAGGCACACGUCGGCGUUGCUUUGCUUAACGGCUCUCAGGAAGACCUUACUAGGAUUGCUGAGCACUAUCGCACCACGAAAAUGAAGGAGAUCUAUGAGAAGCAGGUCGGCAUGAUGGAACGCUUCAAUCAGCCUGCGCCCCCUGUGCCGGUACAAAUUGCUCACCUCUACCCUCCCGGACCUAGAAAUCCUCACUACGAGAAGGCCAUGGAGAGAGAGGCACAGCGCAAGGGUGCUGCCGCUGGCGCCGCUUCUGGAGCCACUCAGAAUGCCAAUAUUCCAACCAUCACUUCACCCGGCGCACAAGCUUUGCAACAAUCCACUGCUUCUAUGACCCCUCAGCAACAGCGACAGCAGCAGGCUUCUAUGGCGGCCGCCGGGCUUGCCGAUAAGCUUACUUCCUCGCUGUUGGAACAGGAGAUGGAUGAUAAUGAGCCCCCGACCAUCAAGCUGGGCGAUGCAUCCGUGGCCGCUCCCUUCACCAGCAAGCUUGCUAAUGUCAUCGCCAUUCCCAACAUCAUCCGUCAGGGUCGUUGUACCCUCGUCGCCACCAUUCAAAUGUACAAGAUCCUUGCUCUCAACUGCUUGAUCAGUGCAUACAGUCUGAGUGUCAUCUAUCUCGACGGAAUCAAAUUUGGUGAUGGUCAAGUCACGAUCAGUGGCAUGUUGAUGAGUGUUUGCUUCCUUUCCAUCUCCCGUGCCAAGUCCGUGGAAGGCUUGUCCAAGGAGCGCCCUCAGCCAAACAUUUUCAACCCGUACAUUAUUGGUUCGGUCCUUGGACAGUUCGCUAUUCACAUCGCGACUUUGAUCUACCUUUCGCAAUACGUGUACUCUAUUCAACCACGCAAUGACGAUAUUGAUCUCGAGGGCGAGUUUGAGCCAUCGCUGCUCAACAGUGCCAUCUACCUGCUGCAACUCAUCCAGCAGAUCUCAACUUUCUCUAUCAACUACCAGGGCCGGCCUUUCAGAGAGUCCAUCCGCGAGAACAAGGCCAUGUACUGGGGUCUUAUUGCUGCCUCGGGUGUUGCUUUCUCCUGUGCCACCGAAUUUAUUCCCGAGUUGAACGAGAAGCUCCGUCUUGUGCCCUUCAGCAACGAGUUCAAGGUCACUCUCACCGUGCUGAUGGCCUUGGACUAUGCUGGCUGCUGGGCUAUCGAGAAUGUUCUCAAGAACCUUUUCAGCGACUUCCGACCCAAAGAUAUUGCCGUUCGCCGCCCGGAUCAGUUGAAGCGUGAGGUGGAACGCAAGAAGCAAGAAGAGCUUGAAGCCCAGGCGGAGAAGGAGCAGAAUCGGAAGGUCUAG